AUGUCGACUACCACCAUGCUCGUUCACUCCGACUCGAAGGCACCCACCGCCGCCAUUCCCGCCCUCCACCCCCUAUCCACCCCGCGUCGCCGUCACUCCGUCUGCGUGGGCGACAUCCACAUCGUCAUCCCUUCCGCACAGACACACAUCAUGAAGCCCGUCACGGGCGGCCACGGACAGUCCCUUGUUUCCAUUGCAUCUGACGACGCGGGCCGGGCCAUGCACUGCUGGAGGGAUGUCGAUGGCAGCGAGCAUUGCACGCCCUACCAUGGCCACGGAGACGGGAUAUCGGCGUUCGUGCUCCCGUCCGUACCCAGGCGCGCCCCUGGGGCGCGGCGGAGCACCCUUUCCACUGUUACGAACGCCGCCGGUGUCCAAGCGCACGCCCACCUCCGUACACUCCCUCGCCGCGCUGGUACCGUCGCCAUUUCCGGACAGUUGACGCCCCCUAUGGAGGAGACCGAGGACGUCUCGGAUGAGGACAAGCAUUCCGCGGGCGAGGAACGUUCCCCAGCGGGGUCUAUAGCCGAAGAAUCGGACGACUCGGACGCCCCUCACCCGGGGGUGGCAUAG